ACAAUUCUUUUGAAUGCCCAAUUCUUAGGAGCAUCCAUUUUGGUGAACGUUGAAACGGCGAAUUAAGCAAUGGACGGUGCUUACAGUUAUUAUCCUAUCGUAUCGGAGGAGAUUUUCCAGUGUUUUCUCUUUCAGAUGACAUAAUUAUGGAUGUAAGGAUAUCGUAGCUAAUUGAAAGAAACAUGUAAAGGAAAUUAAUAGGUAAACUGAGAGACGAUUGGCAUGCACGAGCGCGCAAUGAAACGCUCGGGAUCAAGAACUAGCUAGCGCCCCUCAGCGUUGCUCUUUCACGAUUAAUAUCCAAACAACAUCCGUGAAUAAGUCUUUCGUGGUGUUUCCGGAGUAUUUUAGCCAUUUUCUACCGAGUUUUCACGCUUUGUGUUUUGAAACUUUGAAAGGAAAAUUUGAUUUUGAUCUGUGAAAGUAUAGAGCACAAUUUAUUGCUGUUAAUGUGAAUAUAUAGGGAAAUCAGCCCAUGCGAAUUGCAUUUGUAGAAUUAUGUUUGUUGUCCUUCCUGCCAGUGCCAGCUCUGCAAACAUGGAUUGGAUUUGUAUGAACGACAUAUCGGGUUAACACUUUUUGCUGAAGAGCGCGCCUUUGCUUUGAUUUACCACCAGGAUGUGCAUGAUCUAGAGUAGGACUAGGAGUCGAGUAAGCCAUAUAGACGUUUGACUACUUCAUUUCACGGAUCCUUUUAAGCCUUUUUAGUGGAAUUAUUAAUUUACUGAGAUGACGUACAUGUAUGUCGUUACCGGUAUUUUAUGGAGCAGACUAAGCUGAGUAGACCUCCAACUCCAAGGAGUCCAAUGCAGGAUUAUUAGCCUCAUAAACCCGGCCUCAGCUCUGCAAAAUUCUGUGUAAAUAGCUUCAAAAAGUCCAAGACCAAAUCUACUAGCUGAAGAGAGACAAGGAUUUGCCAGACUUGAAGAACAAAAAACUUGGAAUAUAGAGUAUAAUUUGGAAACCAUGGGAUUCUCUGGAGGUUAUGGCCCUGAUUGUGGAGAACUGAAAUACAAAUUGAUCCAUGAAAGUGGCAUCCAAAUAUGCAGAAUAAACCAUGCAAACACAGUUGUGAAUAAAAUCCUGAAUCUAAAAUUCAUGAGAAGAUGGGAAACACAUCAAUUGGUGUUGGGGGAUACAACAAUUUAUUCUAGAAAUCCACAAGGUUACAUGGAAUGCCCAGUCCCAUACGGUAUUAUACAUGAUAUACAUGCAUUGUCACGUUGGGAAGCAGGUCAGAAUGCUUGUCUGAGGAUUGUUCUAAGCACAGGCUCCGUAUUGCUGCAGGCCGGCAAUGUUUACAUUCGUGAUCAAUGGUUGCAUUCCCUCCUGUGGAAGAGAGCUAUACACAGAUUCAAGAAAUUAAUAUGUAACACCACUAAGCCUGAGGUCUUCAUGCAAGAAAUAUCAUCAAUGAUAGAACUGACCCUAACAACCUGUGUACAAGAUCAAGAUAUUUGUCAAGUACCUCUAGAGAUUGUCUCUGACAUCUUAUCACAGAAUGCUGACAUGAUCAACUCUGUAGCUCAUGAGAGUAUUAUCAUGGCUGUAGCUCCUCUCCUGGAAAACAAUCAACCAUCACCGGAGAUUUGUUCAUUCUUCAGUAAACAUUGUCGCAACUCUCCACGUUCUAAGGUUGUUAUUGAGAUGUUUACACCAGUCAUACACAGGAUUCUAAAGCACAAUAUGGACUUUGGUAAGAAUCCACGACUUCAAGCAUUUGUGCGUGAUUUCAUUCUUGCAAUGCAUUACAAAGAUGACCACGAAUUUGCCUUCAAAGAAUUUGUCAGCAUAAUGCAUGGGCCCAGUAUCGAGUGUCCUCAUCCAAGAGUACUCCCUAAUUUGGUUGCCAUCUGCCUUGCUUCUAUUGCAACUUUCUACCAAGACUCAAACAGAUGCAGGUUGCGUGAGAUACAAUGUGAAGAUAGUGUAAGCUCAACAGGAGAUGAAACUGUACUUCAUGAACUUGAUGUCAUGACUUCUUUUGUCAAAAUACUUCAACUAACGGCUGAUUACGAUGACUGGCUCCCUUCUCUCUCUGGAAUGUUGCUACCAAUUCCAUUUCCUAAAGUGGCAAUGACGCACAGGCCCCUCACGUCGAGACUGAAAUACAUUAUCAGCAGGUUUGCAUCAGACUAUCGAUGUGAGGUCCAUACUGCUGUAUGUGGUGUACGUGAUGGUAAAGCUGGAUGGUUAGAUCUUUAUUGUCCAUCUGGUCCUGCAUGUGAUGAUGAGGGACAGCUAUUCUCUCUCAUGAUUCAGAAGCUGAUCUCCUGUUGUUGCAGAAGAAGGAGAUUUUUGUUGUCUGUAACACCACGUCUCUUUGAACCGGUCCUUCUCCUUGCUCUCAACAGCAAUAUAACUUGCACUGAGAUGCUGUGUUUGAUGCUAGAGCUUGAUGUAUUGGAGACAGAGGAGCAGGAGAUGCAGGUUAUUCAAGCUCUUAAGAGUAUUGAUGAGGGUCAGAUUAUGUAUGAUUCACUUUGCGAAAGACAACUCGCUCUCAGACAAUUGCAAGAAAAAGGUGGUCCAAAGUCCCUUUCUCUUCCAUCCAAAUCAACGGAUGUGGAUGUAGCCAAGCUUUUCAGUUCUGGACCAUUGGGUAAUCUAGAGAGUCUUAACCUGGCCUUUACUCAUGUAACAAGUGGAUGUGCUGAAACACUCAUCAAACUACCAAAUCUGAAACAACUCAAUCUCUGGUCUACUCAGUUUGGUGAUCGUGGAUUGGAGCUGAUCACAGAACACAUGCAUGAGUUAGAGAGUCUGAACCUAUGUGAAACUCAGGUUACAGAUGACGGAUUGCGAUGUCUGGUAGACCUUAAAAAACUCAACCAUCUGAAUCUAAACAGCACUCCCCUCACCACUCGGACCUUCAGAUUACUCACUGGUAAUUUGCCUGAAUUGAAGACUAUGGAUACAAGGUAUACUGAUGCUUGAAGGAAGACUUUCCAUUGGACCUCACCUUGGAUCUUUGAAGCUUAUCAGUUAUCUGUAUGGAUGCCUUGUGUAUGCCAAAUGAACAAAGGAUGUACAGUUUAAGACAAUAGAGCAGCUUUUCUCUCUAUAGACCACAGUGUUCAUAUAGGAACAUUUUGUCUGGCUGACAUCCUGUUUACAUCUGAAACAAGUCCUCAUAAAUCAUUGCAAUAUACAAACAAAAAACAAUAUAAAUCUUUAAAGACAAUGUUAUUAUGACUUAGUUUCAUUCUUGAACACAAGGACGUACAUGCAUACAAUAAAAGAAACCUGAAUAGAUAUUCCAGACACUAAAAACAUUAUUAGUACUGAAAAACAUCUCUUAGUUUUUACAUAGGUCAGAUUCCCUCUAUGUUAAUGGGCUUAUAAGGUGUAAAUCUAAAAAGUGCUAUAUUGAGUUGGACCUUGAGCAAAAUCUGACUCUCUUUCUCAAUUUUGAGAAGUAUUUUAUACCAGUCUACAGACUUUGUAGCUUUCACUCAUAUUUCAUUGAUUCUUUCAUGUCACUCAUUUGGUUUCUUUCAAUUGUUAAUUAGUAAUUUGCAAUGUAUUAUUGAAUAGUCCAGAGAAGUCUAUAUAUGAUGAUUUAUACCACAUAGAGAUAAUAUUUGAUGUACUGUAUUAUGUGGAUUACAUAUGCUUCAGAAUGUUUAUAACAUUAUAGGAUGUUGCAAAUGCAGUACUGCUUGAAAAAAAGUUAUCGUAACCUGUGCUUUUGUGCAUUUUGAUUGUAUUUUAAAUGGAUUUUUAGGCUGUGAUGUACUCCUUCAAAUGAAAUUCCUUGUGUAUGAUGAGUAGCCCUUGAGAUUUUAGAAGUCAAGUGUAUUAACUUACUUUUUAUCUAAUUAGUAUUUGCAUAAUUGAUCAAUAUCCUUUAUCCUAAAAAAAAAAGAUUAGGCAAUUUCUCAUGAAUUGAGGAAGUGGGGGGGGGGGGUAGAUUGCCCCCUUCUGAUCUUUGCAGACAUUUGCACGAUAGUGCCAAAAUUUGGCACACAUAUUCUUUACACCACGAACUACAAAACCACUAGAAAAAAAGUGAUUUUUAGGCUAUUAUGUACUCCUUUAAAUGGAAAUUCUUUUUGUAUGAUGAGUCUCCCCAGUCCUUUCAGGAUUAAAGUUCAAACAAAAUUUUAUUUGCUGCAUAAUUAUGUCUAAUUUACUAAUAUUAGAGCAUUCCUGUAGGUAUUGAAUAUAUAGCAACUCAAUCAAACUUUAAGAAUCAAAAUAUCUAUUUUGAUAAUCUGUUAUGUUCAUUAUGAAAAUCAUGAGGUUUUAAUAUUAUUUGUUAGAGUAGUAGUUGAUAGUUUUUUCCCAUUUGUAUGGAUUAGGUCUGUUUUAUAGUGCAAUAUUAGAUUAUUUUAACUCUAUCAUUUUGAUGUACAUGUAGGUAGUCCUAGAGACCAAACACUAUUUAAUGUUUUGUGACAUUGCUGAUAUUUGUUUUUUAACACUUGUAAUUCCUUUAGCUUACUCUUCCUUGACGUAUUUUUCUUUAUUUGGCAAUUUAUUCUGUAUUUAUUUUUAUUACAUUAACUUCCCGUAAAGGUCUGGCUGAUAUUAGAACAGAAUACUGAGUAGCUGAAAUUUUGUGGUAGUUUACUUUUCACUAAUUUUGCAUUUAAAAAAUCACAAAAUUUACAUUUUCUUUUAUGGUCAUUGUUGCAAAUGAAAAAAAAAUCAAAUUACUGAAAAAACAAUGAUUCAUGAUUAUGCUGAAUUGUAAAAAUAUAAAAUGUAAAAAUAUCUAUCUACUAAAAUAUUGACUUCUACCAUAGUUUCAAAUAUACCCUUUGAAAAUUAUUUUUCACAUAUUUUUUAAUACAAUAUACAAAUAGCGAAUAGGCAUGAGUGCGAUGGUGCGAGAUUUCGCAUAAGGUGAAAGAAAGAUGCUCUAUUUAACGAGGCGUUAGUGGAGUUGAAUAGAGCGUCUCUUUCUUUCACCGAAUGCGAAUUCUUGCACCAUUGCAUGAGUAAGAAUAUUCGCUAUUUGUGUUGUACAAAGCCUUGGAAUCAAGCGAAAAUAUGAAGAAAAAAAAAUUUCCCUGCAGUAAUCUAUGAAAAGGGAGCAAAAAUACUGAAAGCGAAAAGCAAAAUCCCACAAGCACACAUGACUUUUGGGCAGCAUUGCGCAUUAAAGCCAGCAGGCUAUACACGUAUUGCACCUUCAUUUUUACUGAGCGCAAUGAAUAAAAUCGUAUUGUGACGUCACCUUCUAAAGCUGUGCAACGGUACAUUUUGGAUGGUACGUCAUGCGUGCAGCGGUACGAAUGUUUGACAUUUAGUCUCCCAUUUGCUCGCGUACAACAAGCUAAGUAGGCGUUGUAUAACAAUAAAUAAUGAACUGAAUCAGAGAUGGAUAACAAAUGAUGUGCUUUUUCUUAUCAUUUAGGUGUGAGCAUAGUGUAUAAUUCAGUCAUAACAUUUUAUUCUUUAUUCCAAUGUUAGUUUUUAGCGUUUGGAAGGGAAAUUGCCUCGUAAAAUUAUUUUGGUUUUUAUUUUCAGAAUUGCUUAUUGAAUGUGCAAUUAGAAUCUACGAAAAAACUGAUAUUUUAUCAAUGAUUAUUGUUAAUAUUCUUUCUAUUUUUAUGAACAACAAAAAAUUAUUUUGUAAUCCAUUUCUGUUAAUGGCUUUGUGUCAAAUAAAAUAGUUGCAAAUGGUCUAUUCAAGGUAAAGUGCUUAUUACUACUCCUAGCUAGUUAUUGUAGUAAUUGUGGAUAAGAGCCUUCAUUAAAGAAGUUAUGAAAUGAGCAAGAAGCACCUUUCUUCUGAUUAAUCAUAGAAAAACAUGACGUUAUU